CAAAUUUAACUGGCAAAUAUACGGGAAAGUGAGUGACGCAACUCUAGCAAAUCGUCUAAAACCAUGAGUAGCAAGUACACCCGUACUAAGAGCUUUUUCCGCUUUCUGCCCGCGCGCGCAGACAGUGUUCUUCGUCGAUUGUUUUGCUCUCGCUCCAAUGCGCGCGACAAGAAUGUGGAAGGAGCUCUCCGUACAGGAAUGCAUACUGCGCAGGCUAGGGACUCUAUAAAACCAUUUUGCCCUGAGAGAGAGCCUGUGUUACAGUAGUCUCUUUCGCAGCCACUCGGACGAUCGAAUUCGUGGGAUGUUCUCUUCCUUUGCCGACCGCACAAACAAAUCGUACUCCAUUGCUUUACUUCUAUUUUCUUCUCAUUUCUUCUUAAUUACCCAGAAAACAAGCUAACAUUACGAGCAUGCGUAGACAAUUGUUCCUCCGAGAGCAUAGCUUUCCGUGACAGAGAGAACCAGAGCCGAUUAUAUACUACUCAGGUGCUCUCUCCGAUUGUGUUUUCUUUCGAGAAGGGCGGCUGUAAUACAGGCUGCCUUGAAUUUGAACUCACUUAAGAGACGAAAACAUAAAACUGCUAGUGAAAGGAGGAGAUUACUGAGGUUGUUUCAUAAUGGUUCCUGUCUGGUUCAAGGCCAUGAUAUCCGCCGACCGUUCUAAACAGCUGACCAAAACUGAACGUUUCACCCAAUGGACGUCCUUGGCGUACGUUCUCGUGGGUAUAUCCAUGCUACUUACACCCUCCCUGUGGGGAAUACUGUGGAAAGUCGAGCUCGUUGGUCGUACUGUUGGCUAUAUACAAGUUGGAGGGCUUGCUCUUGCUGUUGAAGGGUACUUGCUAGUCAUGGCAUCGAGAUCAAAACACAAUGUGCCAGGCCAUGGGCACAUAAACAUAACCGUGCUUACAAGACUGGUUCUCGUCAACAUGUCCCUGCUAAAAAAGUUUCAGGAAGGCGUGGCUCCAGUACAAUUUCUUACAUUUUUUGCAGUGCUGGACAAUUCCUUAGCAGCUGGUAUCUUUUUGGUUUGGGUCUGCAAAGAAGAAGGGGCAACCUUCGGCUUGUUUUUCAAAGAGAUUUUCAGUCUCCUCUUUCGAUUUCCUACGGGUCCCUGGUCCUCCAUAGCUGUGCUUAUUGCAGGCAUCAUUCAGUUUACUGGAGCUUUUUACUUGAAAGAUGUCGACCGUCUGCGAAUUCCUUUAAACCUGGAUCCCUUCGUAGGCUAUUCUCAACUCUUCCUGAGUUUUCACUUCAGUUUAAGAGUAGCCCAUGCAGUGUUGUAUAUUUUCAAUGGUCAAGCAAUUAGCAGGCGGUUUGACUCCAAUUGCGUCUUCUAUCGUAUGGCGAUCUGCGUCCCAACGUUUUGUAUUUUAGCUCUUGCUGAUCGAGUGGAGACAAGUCUGGCCAUUUUCCUGGUGUGCGUUGAGGUGGGUUUUGCGGCAUUUAUUCUGGCCUUCCUUUGUUGCGACAAGGAGGAGAGUCACCCAGGCAAAGAACACAAGUCGAAAUGACAAUGUGAUCACUGUAACUAAUAUGACUAGGCUUUUAGAACAUCACAAAGUUUGCUGGCAAAAGAGGACCAGGGGUAAGAGAGCUUGUCCCCAUAUAGACAUUAUUCAUAGAGUAAUCUCUCUCAAGGUAUUUUUUGAUCAUCCCCGGCUUCAGAGACUCUAGGGGUAUUAGAAAUGGCCGAUCCAGUGUGACGCGAAUUUUAGUCACGUUAACAGCCCAAGCAGCUCGGCUACACAACGCCCGUGGUAACAUUGUCCGCGGGAGGUCUGGAUACAGCUUCUGGAAAUCGCUUAGAGGGUAAGGCCCAUAUAUGGGGGAUUAACUUUCUUACCCCCUCAUACUCUCUUGUUCAGUAGCUUAGAAAUGUCGCUCGCUUAACUAAGGGCCCUUUAACAUCAUCAUUUAAGUUUCAUUGACUUUAAUCAAACCGUGUAAUGGUGUAGACUUAAAUUUGAAGGACGCUAACGAGAUUUGCCAAGUCGGUAUAUCAAUUGGUUUUCAGUCUCGUUGACUUGUAACAGUGUCUGCAAAAGAACGUAACCAGUGAUCAUGGAAGUUUUUUCGAAUGCCCGUUUGUCUCCGUUUCAACACGAGUCUUCAAGCGUGCAUAUGAUAAUGAGUUUGAUUCGCAUGAAAAUGAACGUACAGGGGAGAUGCAUUUUCAUAUGAAUGACAUUUAAGACAGACAUUUAAGACAGACAUUUUAAGGAACUUGGAAAUGAACUAUUGGCUCAUUCCAUGAAAGUUGCGACUAAUGUUUUUUUUGUUCUAAAAAGCCUCUUUAACAAAACGCUGCAAUAGAACAUGGAUAUCAAGCAUUAAAUAAAAACUACUUCAUUAA